AUGGCGCAAUUGGGAGACCUGAGAAAUCAAAAAGGUCUGGCAUGGGACGGCGGCAGGACGCAACAUGGUUACAACUUUCAAUUUUUGUCUAGCCCAGGUACACCAACUGGGUAUGGAUACCUACCGAAGCACUCAAGCGGUCCUGAUCAAGUCGGCAGUGCCUGGGCGAAACGAGAGGGGUCUCCCACGUUGGUUGGCAGCCACGUCAGCGACGAUGAGUGGGAACCUCAAACGUCCAGGGCCAGACUUUCCAUCGGUUUUUUUUUUAAACAAUUAUUCCCCGCCACCGCUCGUUCGGCUGAUAUGGGCCCUCGAUCAAAGUUUGUGCAACGUGGGUGCAUAUACAUAUAUGGCUCAAUCAUAGUGACUGUAUGGCGCGAGGCGCAAGGAAAACCGCAGGACCCAGGCACACAGGGUAAACAUACCAAGGUAGACAGGCUUACGGGUUAA